AUGACGAUUUCGGAGAACAAGGAAAGAAUGCUCCAGGAGCUCAUCCGGGAACGUGAGCGCUGCAGAGACGCAUGUCAACGUCUCCUUGAUGCUCGGGAACCAUCUCGUCGAAGACAAGUCGAGCUCUGGCGUGAUAUCAAUGGUGACUCUUCACCAAUGCCGUCCCCACUUCCAGACCCGGAAGAAGAUACUGCUCUCUUUGAAGAUGAUCCUCGAGUUGAUGCUCCUAUCCACAUUGAUUAUGGAACCAAUAUCCGUCUAGGAUCCAAUGUUCAGCUCAAUUACAACUGUACCAUCAUUGAUACCUGCCUUGUCUCUAUCGGAUCUCGAACUCUGGUUGCGCCAAAUGUCUCCUUCUACAGUGGAACACAUCCACUUGACCCGCAGCUACGCAAUGGGACCCGAGGUCCGGAGACGGGCAAGGAGAUCCAUGUGGGAGAGGAUUGCUGGAUCGGCGGCGGUGCUAUCAUCUUGCCAGGUGUGACCAUUGGAAGAGGUUCCACCGUGGGAGCGGGCAGCGUGGUGACGAAAGAUGUACCACCAUUCCAUGUGGUGGCUGGCAAUCCUGCCAGGAUCAUUCGCAAAAUUGAAACAACAAUGUCCAAGGAGUUGUCCGAGUCUGACAGAAAAGACUGA